AUGGAAGAAACAUUAGAAACUCUUUUCAUAAAGCAACAGAACUUGAUUGAUGACUUAAUUAAUUUUAAAACUAAUUUUAGUAAGAGUCCUAAGGAGCGUCUAGCUAAGGCCAGUCAUCUUAAUGGCCGCCUAGAAAUAUUAGAAAGUUACAUGAUUUCUUUUCGUGAAAAUCAUAUUAAGCUUUCUCUUCUUUACAAAGAGAAAAAGAAAGAUAAACCGGACACUACAUAUUUUAUUGAAAAACAUAAUGAUGUAUUUCAAGACAUGUUUUUAGACCUUAAGUCCGACAUUGUUGAUAGAAUUAAGGCAAUUUCUUCUUCUGCUGAUAAAGAAAUUUCAUUCAAUCAUAACACUUCCUUUGGUGAUCGUAGUUUAAAUGAGGAACGUGGUGUACAUCUUCCAAUCAUUAGUCUUCCCGAGUUCAAUGGCGAUUAUAAGAACUGGAUGCAGUUUCGGGAUUUAUUUACGGGAAUGAUUCAUAAUAAACCGGGUCUAGAUAGUGCUAGAAAACUUUUUUAUCUUAAAAAAUGUGUCUUAGGUGAAGCUGAGAAAAUUAUACACUCUAUUCCAUGUUCAGCUGCAAAUUAUGAUUCUGCAUGGCAAAUGCUUUGCGAAAGGUUUGAUAAAAAACGUUUUAUUAUUGAAUCGUAUUUAAAAACAUUAUGUGAACAACCUAUUAUGCGAAGAGAGUCUUGUGAUAGCAUAAAGAAACUUCUUUAUACUACCAAGGAUUGUUUGACUUCAAUCCAAAAUUUAAAGGUUAAAACCGAAUCAUGGGAUGUUUUAAUUAUUUUUAUUCUUUCUCAAAAACUUGAUAAUGUAACCCGUAAGAAUUGGGAGCGGUUUUUGACUACUAAAAGCUCGCAAAAUAGAACUUCUAAAUCGAAUCAGUCUGGAAUAGAUUCUAAAGAUUAUGAUCUUCCAAAACUUUUAGAAUUUUAUGAGUUUUUAGAAGAUUCUUUUCGAUCAUUGGAGGCAAUUGACUCUAAAUCAGCUUCAAUUUUUGGUGAAACAAGGGAUACAUUUUCAAACAAUAAACGAGCAAAUUAUGUAAAAACGUUUCAUGCUUCCAAUAAUACGAGUUCGUGUCCAAGUUGUAAUGAACCCCAUCUUCUUUAUCAGUGUACAAACUUUAAAUCACUUACUCAUAAAAGACAUUCUGCUAUAAAAUGUCGAAGCAAGUUGACAUGCCGAAAAUGUAAUAAAAGGCACAACACAGUUAUGCAUAUUGAGAAUUCAAAUCAUUCAUCAAAUGACACUGCUGCGCAUCCAAUUGCUGGUUCUUCAAAUCAAAUUUCUCAUGUAUCAACCUAUUUGGGUUCAAAUUCUACUUCGCAAAUACUUCUUGCAACAGCAAAAGUAAAAAUAUCCACUGCUACUGGUGACUUUAUUUUUAGAGCCCUCAUAGAUCAAGGGUCUCAAGUAUCGUUCGUUACAGAAUAUUGUGUUCAAACAUUGGGACUCAAGAAAAAUCCUAUUCAUUGUGUUAUAGACGGUAUUGGCUCAAUGACUUCCGGUGCGUGUAAAAAUUUUGUUGAGCUCAAGCUUAAUUCGUGCAUCAAUUCCAAAUUUACACUACUUGUAAAGGCUUUGGUUAUGACUUCAAUAAGUAAUUAUUUUCCUGUUGCAAAACUUAAUUCUUCAUUUUAUUUCGACAUUGGCAACCUAACUCUGGCAGAUCCUCAGUUUGCAGAGCCUGGACGCAUAGAUACACUUCUUGGUGCAGAUGUGUUACAUGAAAUCAUCUUUGACGGUAUUAUCAAGACUACUUAUGGCCCAUUGGCACAACAAACUCAAUUAGGUUGGAUCCUUUCAGGACCAAUUAAAAACUCGAAUCCUCAGAACAGAGAUGUUCAAAAUAUUUUGACUUUUCACACUCAGGUGAAUAUAGACAACACUCUUCGAAAAUUCUGGGAACUUGAAGAAGUAUCUUCAGAACGUGUGCAAACCACUGAAGAAAAAGCUUGUGAAAAAUAUUUCCAAGAAACACAUUAUCGUUCUUCUUCUGGAAGAUAUAUUGUUAGACUUAGAAGACUACCCAAAUUUUAA